GCCAAAACGUAGCACGUUUCAGCCUUUCAGGUUGUUGUCUGUAUACAGCGUGAACUGAAGUGUUUCCUUGUCACCGUAUUUUACGUAUUGCCAUACAAUAAUCAUCAAGUUUUUGUUUUUGCGUGUUUUAGUAUAUUUUAUUUUUUAGUAUUUACUAUUGUAUUAGUAAGACUACGAUGGAUCUUAUUGAUAUUAUUUCACCUAAGAAAAAAAAUCCUAGUGGAAAGUUUAUUGGUACCGGUCAGAGGCAAAUUAUCAUCAAUCUAUACAAAGAAAAAGUUAAUCAACAAAGCGAAAAUCCAGACAGCCCUCGAAUAAACUACAGGCAAAUGAUUUUGGAAAUUUCAAAAUCAACCGGUAUUGGUCAACGUACAGUCCAAACAACUUUGUCCGAAUACAAAAAUAAAGGUACUGUGUCAUCACCCAACAAAAAGAAAGUAAGACCUACAAUUAUCGAUAAAGUGGACGAUUUUGACAAAAACGCAAUACGUCAAAAAAUCCAUAGUUUUUGGUUCAACCGUAAAGUGCCCACAAUUUCAAAGGUGUUGGCUGCCAUAAACGAAGAUGAAACGUUGCCAAGAAUGAAACGUUCAUCAUUUCAAAAAAUACUGAAAGAAUUGCAGUUUGUGUACGUAAAAAAAUGUCGGAAUAGUGCGCUUCUUGAAAGAGAUGACCUUGUGGCUUGGCGGCAAAAAUAUUUGAAAAAAAUAAAACAGUACAGAGCUGAGGGCAGACAAAUUUAUUACUUAGACGAGACGUGGGUCAACGCAGGAGAAACACAUAGUAGAACAUGGGUCGACAGUUCAGUCAGUUCACGACGUGACGCAUUCAAGAAAGGUCUCACAACAGGACAAAAGGAACCCUCGGGCAAAGGUAAGCGGCUCAUCGUCUUACACAUUGGAUCAUCCGACGGCUUUGUGUCGGGGGGCUUUUUGUGCUUCGAAUCCAAAACAAACUCAUUCGACUACCAUGACGAAAUGAAUGGUUCUACUUUUUUUGAAUGGUUUGUUAAAAUUCUACCGUUACUCAAAGAUAACGCAGUCAUUAUAAUGGACAAUGCUUCAUACCAUUCUGUAGAAAAAGAUCCAACUCCAGUGAUGUCGUGGAAAAAACAGGAUAUUAUAAACUGGCUGGAAAGUAAAGGUGAGGUCGUUACACAACCAAUAGUCAAGGCGGAAUUGUUACUGAGAGUGAAGGAAAUCAAAUCUGAACACGAAAAAUAUGUAAUCGACGAGUACGCAAAAGAAAAUGGCAAAACCGUUUUAAGAUUGCCUCCAUACCACUGCGAGCUGAACCCAAUAGAGCUCGCGUGGUCAUCCGUCAAACAUUAUGUCCGGACGCAUAACAAUACCUACAAAUUAAAAGACGUACAAGAAUUAUUAAAGCAAGGCGUAGAACACGUAACACCAGAGAUGUGGACCAAUUUUGUUCAGCACGUCGUAAAAGAGGAAGAUAAAUUUUUGAGAAUCGACUUCAUCACAGAUGAAAUGUUGGAGGAAGAACCUGAAAGUGAACAACACAUCCUAACAAUAGGGACAGGUGAUGACAGUGAUUCUGAUUUUGAUUCAGACUCUGAAUAAUUUAUUUGUAUAAUUUUUUUUUUGUAUUUAAAUUUUUUUUGCAUUAUUUCUAUUUUAUAUAUUACAACAUGCAUUUUAUCU